AUGAGGGGUGUUGAAGAACAGCACCAUCGAGCACAUCGUAGGCACCGGGUCACAGCUCGGUCCAGCGACGCUGCAGGCGUCCUCCAGUGUAGACCGGAGUCACGGCCCCCCGCCCAGCGCCGCGGAGUCGGUGGAUUCUCCGUGACUCCGACUCCGACUCUGGACAGCCUCCUUAGCCCUCGCCGUCCAAGUGGUGGAGUGCUGGUGUGGCGCCGGGUAGAGUCGGAGAGGGGCCUUCAGCCGCUGCCCUGCCAGAGGGUGAUCCCGCCACAAGGCCAAGCUAGCAAAGAUGGCAGCACCAUCGAGCACAUCGUAGGCACCGGCUCACAGUUCGGUCCAGCGACGCUGCAGGCGUCCUCCAGUGUAGACCGGAGUCACGGCCCUCCGCCCAGCGCCGCCGAGUCGGUGGAUUCUCCGUGACUCCGACUCCGACUCUGGACAGCCUCCUUAGCCCUCGCCGUCCAAG